UACAGAAUUAUCUAAAUUCUCUAUUCAUAGAUAUGGACAAAAAUUGUGGUAAAACAAUUACGAUGAAUGGUGAUAAAUUGCCGGGAACAUUCUUUAGUUUCAGUUCAGGUACCUAUGCAGAAAAUCUCAAUUGUACUUUAACAAUCAAAGCAUCAACAUUAAAUCAACGUAUUAUUGUUGUUAUUGAUAAAAUGGAUAUUGCAUGUAAUGGUGAUAGACUUGUAGUGUAUGAUGGAAAAAUAGAUCAAGAAGCAAUAUUAAAUAAAAAUCAAUCACAACAAUGUGGAAGAAGCAAAUAUUAUCUACGUACAGGAAUUUCGAAUACAGCAAUUAUUCAGUUCAUAUCCAAUACUGAUGGAAAAGAUGGAAGCGGCUUCAUGAUUCUUGUAGCAAUCAAUUUUCGUUAG